CGGCAAUUGAAAUACGGAAUGCCCGCUUCCAGUCAGCGCGUUCAAGGUCGUUGAAACGAAACGGCGGACAGAUUUGAAAGGGAUUACCGUUUUUACCGUGUCGUAUGCGGGAAUACAAGCUGGUUGUGCUUGGCAGUGGUGGAGUUGGGAAGAGUGCUCUCACUGUUCAGUUUGUGCAAGGAAUUUUCGCUGAAAAGUAUGACCCAACUAUCGAAGACAGCUAUCGGAAGCAGGUUGAAAUUGAUUCUCAACAAUGCAUGCUAGAGAUUCUAGAUACAGCUGGAACUGAGCAAUUCACAGCAAUGAGGGAUCUUUACAUGAAAAAUGGUCAAGGGUUUCUGCUAGUUUACUCCAUCACAUCACAGGCUACAUUCACUGAUCUCAACGAUCUGAGAAAACAAAUCCUUCGUGUGAAAGAUGUUGACGAGUUUCCACUAGUUCUGGUUGGAAAUAAAUGUGAUUUAGAAGAUGAAAGAAGUGUGGGUACCGAACAGGGACGAAACUUGGCAAAUGAGUGGAAGUGUCAUUUCGCAGAGACUAGUGCCAAGACUAAAUCUAAUGUAAAUGAGAUAUUUCACGAUCUUGUUCGUCAAAUUAAUGCGAAGACACCCAAUCCUGCAUCGAAGUCGUCGAAGAAAUCAAAAUGCUGUUGUCUAUGAUGUAGCAGUUUUGUAUGCUUUUAAUAUCUUGUUAUUUAUUUACGCGUCUAUAAAAUGACCAAGCUUCACUAACUUACAUUCGAAAGUUCAUUAUUAACUUUGUUCUGACUUCGUGUAGUAGUUGUGCCCUUACUGUUCUUAUUCGCUGGUCUCAUUUUUUAAAUUUAGUAUAUUAUGUUGGCAUUAUUUUGUCCCGGCCUCUCUUAUGUUUCGUGUAGUUCUCACAGUUUUGCUUUAGUUGCUUGCUUCCUGAUUGAUGAAAUAAAAACAGGUCAUACCUUGUUCUGAAACAUCCUAAUCAGUAUAUGCCGUUUGAUUAGUAAUAUUUUAAUGUUUUUAAUCUUCAUUUUUGUUUCUUUCAACUUCGGUGUCAGAAUUUUUUGUAAUUUUCACGCUUUCUGCCUUAUACAAACUUCAGUUUUUUUAAAUUUCCAAUGGUCCGAUGUGGUGUGACAUGAUUAUCCAGUUAGGAUUGUGUAUAGUUUUUAACUGUUUCUUUUAUUAACUUUGUUUUAUUAUCACAUGUAUCGGUGAUACCCUUUUUGUUUUCUGAUUUUACAUUAAUAUACGCUAUCAGCGAUCUCAAUCAUUUUUGGGAAAUAAACUUAUAUUAUAUACAA